AUGUGGGGUAAACAGCAGCAGCAGCAGCAGGAGUGGUUGCUGCAUGCAGACGGGAUCCGAUCCCACUGGUCCCCCCGGUUGAAUAACUGUGUCGUCAGCAACAAACGCCUCAACGUCUCCAUUAAAAAAGGAGAAGAAAAACAUGCAGCUCUGCAUCUUCUCUCCCCCGCAGCAACACAACAAGCAACCAAGAGACAGCAGCAGCAGCAGCAGCAGCAACAGCAGCAGCAACAGCAACAGCAACAGCAACAACAACAGCAACAGCAGCAGCAGCCGCAACAACAGCAGCAACAACCCCAGCAGCAGCAGCAACACAUGCCCCUCCAGCAGCAACACAACUUCCAGCCCCAACACAGCCUCCCCCAGCAGCAGCAGCAGCAACCUUAUUGCGUCCCUUCUGUGUGCGCCCCCGUGCAGCAGCAGCAGGAUAACCACAAUGACACAGUAGCAGUGACAACAGCAGCAGCAGCAGCAGCAGCAGCACCAGCAGCAGCAACAGUAGUUGGAUAUAACACUCCCCAACAGCUGUCCCCUUACGCAACGCAACAGCAACACCCCUUCCCGCAAUCCUUAAACCCGCCUCUUCCUCAGUUUCAUGCCAGCCCCAAAGCUGCUUCCUUUUUGCAGCAGCGGCAGCAGCUAGACAAGCUGCAUGCUGCAGCAGCAGCAGCGCAGGCAGCAGCAGCAGCAGCAGCAGGACCGGCAGCGGCAGCAGCAACGGAAGGAGACACAAAGGAAGCACUACAGCGACGUGUGCGCCCCCGCUGGGGCGAUGGUGAUUUGUCACGGGAAGAAGCAUCUUGUGGGGUGUCUGCGUAUACACCCCAGCGGAAGCAGCAGCAGCAACAACAAACCCUAAGCGACGAAGCAAAGGCCAGGCAGCGACCGCAGGAGCAGCAGCAGUCCCAGGAGCACAUAGGGCAGGCAGCAGCAAAUUUAUAA